AAGUGAGCCGGCAGAGCCACAAUGGAGGUGUUUCCUACCAAUGACAGCUCUGUGCCUGGCAGGUGAUUAGCGCCGCUCUUCUUCAUCUUUCAUCAGUCUGCCGUGCUCGGCUUGAGGUGACCAACAUUUUGAGGGACCUUUUUUUUUUAACAGACAAGGGCAGAGACUUUGAAGAUGGAUACUUCUAAACUUCCCAAGAUCCAGGAUGAAGACCGAGAAAGCCAGUUUGGAUAUGUGCAUGGAGUCUCUGGACCAGUGGUGACAGCAACUGCAAUGGCAGGAGCAGCCAUGUAUGAGCUGGUUCGUGUGGGCCACAAUGAGCUGGUGGGAGAAAUCAUUCGUUUAGAGGGAGACAUGGCAACUAUCCAGGUCUACGAAGAGACGUCUGGUGUGUCCGUCGGUGACCCUGUUCUUCGGACGGGAAAACCACUCUCUGUUGAGUUGGGUCCAGGAAUCAUGGGAUCCAUUUUCGACGGAAUCCAGCGCCCCCUAAAAGACAUCAAUGACCUCACUCAAAGCAUCUACAUCCCCAGAGGAGUUAACAUUGGUGCUCUCAACAGACAAAGCCAGUGGGAGUUUACUCCCAGCCAGAAUCUCAGGGCUGGCAGUCACAUUACAGGCGGCGACAUCUACGGCACGGUGUUUGAGAACUCUUUGAUCAAGCACAAGCUGAUGCUUCCACCUCGCAACAGAGGCACUGUCACCUACGUGGCCCCACCUGGAAACUACAACAUUUCUGAUGUGGUUCUCGAACUGGAAUUUGAAGGAGUGAAGGAGAAGUACACCAUGCUACAGGUGUGGCCUGUGCGACAAGUUCGCCCAGUCACAGAGAAGCUGCCAGCCAACCAUCCUCUGCUUACUGGCCAGAGAGUCCUGGAUGCCCUUUUCCCUUGUGUGCAGGGCGGCACCACUGCUAUACCGGGCGCCUUUGGGUGCGGAAAGACGGUGAUCUCACAGUCGCUGUCCAAGUACUCCAACAGCGAUGUCAUUAUCUACGUGGGCUGUGGAGAGCGUGGAAAUGAAAUGUCUGAAGUGUUGCGAGACUUCCCUGAGCUUACUUUGGAAGUAGAUGGCAAGGUGGAGAGCAUCAUGAAGAGAACAGCGCUGGUUGCCAACACUUCCAACAUGCCUGUGGCUGCCAGAGAGGCUUCCAUUUACACAGGAAUUACAUUAUCAGAAUACUUCAGAGACAUGGGUUACAACGUGAGUAUGAUGGCUGACUCAACCUCCCGAUGGGCUGAGGCUCUGAGAGAAAUCUCUGGAAGAUUGGCUGAAAUGCCUGCUGACAGCGGAUACCCUGCCUACCUGGGUGCCAGGCUGGCCUCCUUCUAUGAGCGCGCUGGUCGUGUGAAGUGCCUGGGAAACCCAGAGAGAGAGGGCAGCGUCAGCAUCGUAGGAGCUGUGUCACCUCCUGGUGGAGACUUCUCAGACCCCGUGACUUCAGCCACUCUGGGUAUCGUUCAGGUGUUCUGGGGAUUGGACAAGAAACUGGCUCAGAGAAAACAUUUCCCUUCAGUAAACUGGCUAAUCAGCUACAGCAAAUACACCCGUGCUCUGGAUGAGUACUAUGACAAACAUUUCCCAGAGUUUGUCCCUCUUCGCACAAAAGCCAAGGAGAUUCUGCAGGAGGAGGAGGACCUCGCUGAAAUUGUGCAGCUUGUUGGCAAGGCGUCUCUUGCUGAGACUGACAAGAUCACUUUAGAAGUUGCUAAGCUCCUGAAAGACGACUUCCUGCAGCAGAAUGGUUACACUCCUUACGACAGAUUCUGCCCCUUCUACAAAACUGUUGGCAUCCUCUCCAACAUGAUUGCAUUCUAUGACAUGGCCCGACACGCCGUGGAGACCACAGCUCAGAGUGACAACAAAAUCACCUGGGCCAUGAUCAGGGAGCACAUGGGAGAGAUCCUGUACAAGAUCAGCUCAAUGAAGUUCAAGGACCCGGUUAAGGAUGGUGAGGCCAAGAUCAAAGCGGACUUUGCGCAGCUCCUGGAGGACAUGCAGAAUGCUUUCCGCUCCCUAGAAGACUGAGCUGUUACCUCUCUAUUCCUCUCCAAGCCAUCCAAACCCUGGUACUGCCGACUCCCCCAGGUGACAUGGAGAAAGUAUUUUUGAAUGUGUGGCCACGAUUGAGUCAAGCGUCUGCACUAGGUACUAAUGAACAUGGAUACAGUGUGUGUAGUAAUUGGCCAGAUGGAGCCUAGAAUUGUGCACGUUUUAGUAGACCUUAUUUUCUUAACAUGUAAUGGCACACAUAUCAUUAACCUUCUCAUAUCUGGAUCCAUUUAUCAAAAGGUUAAUCAAGUGUCUUCUUGCUCAGUAAGAUUUUAGGCCUGACAGAAAGUGACCUCUCCAACCUUGGAAAAGGAAGUUAUGAAAUUGAUUUGGAUAAAAGUGCAAGUACCUGGUGUGUCUUUUGACGGUGGUGUUGCUGUCCACGGUUCUCAGUGUUGAGAAUAUUUCUUCAGCACCCAAAAUGAAAUCAAAUGUUGGCUAAACUAAAAUGUCUAGAUUACUAAAAUAUGCAUAACACAUGGAAAUGUAUACGAUUACAGUGCUUUGAUAUUGCAAAGGUGAACACAAAUAAAUAGCCUAAGUGGCAAAUGUAUAGACUUAUAAGUCCAAACAAAUACCUGAAGUAGCUUGUAAAAUAUACUCAGGUACAGCCGUGUACAGUUCCUGCAUCUGAGGCUUAGUGUGUUUCUGCUGGAAAUCAACUUCAGCACAAAAGUGAAGUUUAUUCAUCACAUUAACAAAAGGCUUAUCAGUGACUUCCAAAAGCUCAAGCUGUAGCCUACAAUGGCAUGAAACGUAAACCUUGCAACUUUUUCUGCAUGAAACCAAAUCGUUUGUAAGGUCACAUGUGAAAAUGUAGCCUACUUUUAACAAGCUGCCACACAAGCCAUACAGUUUUGGAUGAUAGUUUGUUGAACAUGUAUGUAUUUGUUUGUUUGUUGUUAAGAUGUGAAGGCAGUUUGACCGACUGCUUUUACAUCUCAGUCACCUCAGGCUGCUGUUGCUGCACAUGAGGAGGUAAAAAUUAAGUAAUCAGAAAAUGGAAGCUGUACUAUUCAAAGUUUUUAUUUUUGUAAACUGCAUUCAAGCUUUACCCAUAUUGUUCAUAUUGUACCCACACCUUAGUAACUUGUGCAUGCACUAACUCAGACGUGGCCACACAUUAUAAAAUCAUCGCACACAUCUGUAAAACAGUUCUACAGAUGCUGGAUCAAAAACACAUCAACAGUGAAAUGAAAAAGAGGAUCCACACCAACAAUGUUUUUACCUGAGCCUGGUGAAGAUCUCUGUGUGAGAUUGACACGUUGCCUCACUGAAACUUACUGGAAGCUACAUUACAGUGUGUGGAUCUCCUGUUUUAUUUCACUGCGACCACAUGUUAAAAAAAGAUGUUUUUCCAGUGUUACCUGGUGGUCUCUGUGCAGUGCAGCACGGUGUCGUGCAAAUUCAUCAGCCCCUGUUUUGAGUGUCUACCAAGGUUAUGUAAUCAUUUCAGUCUUUGUUGUUUACUUCCCUUUAAACAUUCCACCAGGUUCACAUAUUUGCAUUAUGUUUUGUUAAACCUCCUGAUUGUUGACCAGUCACCGGCUUUAACAAUCCUCUUGGACACCUGAAUUAUGGUUUACGUUGCCUUUGUAGCAACACCUUUCUCUGCCCAUUGCAUAGCACUUGUGUUGCCCAAUCCUCCCACUCCUAAAGCCAUGAGCAGAUUUCUAGAACGUGUUCCGGUCUCAGUCAGGUGCUACACUCACACUAAACUUCUUGCUGCAACACAGAGUCCUCCCCGGUGGAGAGGGGCCUUUAUCUUCCACAGAGUUGACAAUGAUCACCACAGAUUACUAGCAAAUGAGAACAUACACAUGAGUAAAGGGACCGAAGCAUCAUGUUAUAUCAGGGGGUCGAGGCAUUCUUCCUCCUCUUACCUCUCAAGUGUGAUAGUGAUAUCAUUGACUUUGUUUUUGCUGUAUUUGUUAAAAUGUGAGUGAAUGAGAUUGUUAGUUUUGUUGUGACAGCCGUCACACUGUUGUAUUUAUGGCAUGUUAUUGUCUCCAGAAAUAAAUGUUAAUCUAAGGAACUUA